AAGACUGACCAAUAGUAAUAUGUCAGCCGUGGAAACUCAGCGAAUGGGUAACAGCUAAGUCUGAAUAGUCCGGCGGUAGCAGGGCAGUUCACCUAGAUCUGCGAAACAGCGGCGAGUGAAAAAAAAUCGGGCAGCGGGAAAGUCUUUGUUAAAUAUACGUCGCGCCGCGGGAACUAUUCGCCGUGAGCCAUGACAUCAGCCUCGACCAAGGUAAGCUGUCAAAAGUCGGGGAGAUUUUCUCUGCAGCUGGGGCUGCGUUUACAAAGCUGGGAGAACUGACUAUGCAACUACAUCCAGUUACAGACUCCUCCCCUGCGGGGGCCCGCUGGACAGACACAGAAAUUCAGAUGUUGCAUGCGGCAGUCAAACGGUUCGGGGAGGAUUUAAAUCAGAUCAGCUCAGUCAUCAAGGAAAGGACAGUGGCUCAGCUAAAGUUUGCAGUAAAACGCAAAAUCUACGAUGACAGCGGUGUUCCCCUCCCCUCUGAUUCUCCCCGGAAAGCACUGAAGAAGGUUGUGCCUGUCUCGUCUUCGGUUCCUGCUGUCAUUGCUGUGUCUGCACCUCAGGCUGUCAGUGGUGCAACUCUUCCUGAGGGAUCACAAGGGGCAAUGAAAAAGCGAAAAUCAUCAGCAGAUGUAACCCUUAGUGCUCUUAAUGAUUCGGAUGCGAACAGUGACCUUGUGGAUAUUGAGGGUUUGGGAGACAGAAGCACUGUGAAAAAACUCAAUUUUGAUCAGGACAGUUUAAACUUGGAUUCCAGUUUCAUUAUGAGUUCUGGCGAUCUCCCCCUGCUAUCUCGCUGACUACAAUGACCUGUUUUUUUGGAUAUAAUCAACACAUGUCAAAAUCUACACAACCUUUCGGACCAUCCAUUGAGAUUUAUUCUUUGAGUCUCUCUGUAUUUCAGGACUGUGACGUAUUGUUACUUUGUGAACUUUGACUCAGCAUAAUAGUUCUAUUCCAGGUUCCCCUCCUUUUUGUUUUUAAUAUAAAUAAUUAAAUUUGAAAAUAAAAUCUAA